GUCCAGAAGCAAAUGAUCGGUGAGAAGCUCUAUCCACUCGUUGCCAAAUACCAGCCGGAGUGGGCGGGCAAGAUCACUGGGAUGAUGCUCGAGAUGGACAACAGUGAAUUGCUGAUGCUCUUAGAGUCCGAAUCGCAGCUCCGUGGCAAGGUUGACGAGGCAAGAGAGGCCUACUUCUGUGUCCGACUCGACGACUCGGAAAUGGCGGGCAGAAGGGUGCGCAUUGAGAGGACUGCAGCAAGCUGGCUGGACCUGCAACGGCCUUUCAAGGAGAUCAUCAGCAACGUGCUGAAAGUCUCACAGGCCCACGCGCAAUCCGAACUUUUCCUGUACGAGGUGUCGCCUCUCGUGUCCAACAUUCGCAACGAGUCACCUGAUUGUGUGCUGCCGAAGAAGAAGUAUGACGAGAAGCAGCUGUCCAAAGGGAUCGGUCGGUUUUUCAGGCCGAAGACUGACGCUGGAUCCUUGCCAGCACUUUGUGCCGAACUCUACUGCUUGUGCAUAUAG